AUGAGUGACGAAAAAACUGAGGAUGUCGUCGUCGAGGAACCCGAACAACCGCCGAUUGAGUCGUCGAAGUCCGACGAGGAAAAAGCGAAAACGAGCGCCGCCGAAACCGGCGUGUCCGACAAAAAAACGGAUGACGAAUCGAAAUCCGAAUCGGAGAAGCCGGCCGACGAGGCGCCGAAGCAAAAAAGAUAUCACGGCACGUGCAAAUGGUUCAAUGUGGCCAAAGGUUUCGGGUUCAUCAUCGACGACAUUCAGCAAAAGGAUAUUUUCGUACACCAGUCGAACCUCAAUAUGGGAGGAUUUCGAAGUUUGGAUGAAUUUGAGCGCGUUAGCUAUUAUCUAAAGGAGCGCGAAAAUGGAAAAGGGCUGGAGGCGUAUGAGGUUGCUGCGUCGGAUGAGAACGAGGAGCUGCGCGGAAGUCGAAUUCACCCGAUCGGACGCAAAAAGGCGCGCCAAAUGCGCUGUUUUCGUUGCGGUCUCUUCACGACCCAUCGCGCCAAAGACUGUCCGUACGUGAAGGACGAGUCGAAGGUGUGCUAUAUUUGCGGUCUGCCGGAUCACAUCAGCUCGACGUGUCCGGACCGCAAGAAUCGUGUGAAGCGAUACGCAUGGCAGGCGAAGGAUUGCGGAUCGCCGCUGAGAAUCAGCUCGACGGCGCCGAGCAUUAGCCCUCCGACGGAGGAAAAUUAA